AUCAUCAGAAUGAUCAUCAGAUGAUUUCCCAGGAAAUAUUGCAAUUUAAAUUAACCGCCACUUCUGGGGACAUUGUCUAGGGACUUGCAGCCAUGACAUAAUUCUUCAGCUGUAUAGCUAUAAUGUCUGCUGUACGCUAUGUAUUUCUUAUGCUAGUGAAUGUUUGUUGACUCUUAUUUGCAAUUAAGAAAAUGUUUAUGGAACCCUCCAAUGUACUUAGUGGGGGGGGGGGUUGUAAAGGCAAAAAUCUAAUUAAUGUACACUGGACCCCGACAGUGAGAGACGCCUGCGUCGAAUAAUAAAUUGGAGUGGGGAGUAAAUACAAUUUUUAUUUAAUUAUAUUCGAUAAUUAGGGUAUGCACGAACGACCAAGCUUUAAUAUCCGUAGUCUACAAACGAUUUCUUGUAAAACUAUUAAUUAAAAAAAUUGUUUUUUUACUUUCUCUUGGCCAACAUAAUGACAAAAUUGUAAUGACGAUUGUCCAUAAAUCCAGGGGCUUACAAACAAAAUAAAUACAUGUACAAUGGUGUACUAAUGAUGAACGGUUACGCCCAUCAUUUAGGUUCUCCAUUUGCAACCCCCAGCAGGUUAAUUACGUAGGGGUUAAUCCUCCAUGCAGAGGUCGGUAACAGCCCCCGGGUAACAGUCAGUGCCAUAAAAAGAGAAAAUAAACAAUAUAAUUGUCCACGAUCUCCCCAACAGAUCUGGACACAUCCUCGAAAAUGGAAUACUCAAUAUCAAAAUCCUUAGACUGAAUUAUGACACCUAAUUUUGCACUAAAAAAAUUCCAAAAUUCUUCCUCAAGUGGUAAAAAAUGUUCCAUUGGUUGCUGGAUAAAUAACGCCGUCACGUUAGCUGAAGUACUGCCCUCCCUGGUACAAAAUAACCCUCAGUGAGGGACAAGAAAAUACCGUUGAUAGUCGAUAUGUCGUCCCCAUCCAACCCCACAGCGAUAAUCGCGACGGAUUCCAGGAAUGUCUGUUCCACUAAUGAUGAAGCCCCGGAUAACAAAGUUAACAGUGAAAAUAAACCACUGCAACAGAGUGACGAUGAGACAGAAGAGCGAACAGACCUGUCCAACAGCUCAGUCACGCGAAAGAGAAAGCAUGAUGAUGAUGAUGAGCACCACGCCAAGAACGCGAGAAGAGUGAAGAGCAACGCUGAAGCAGCUGAACAAUCGACCAGUGGAGUACCAUCGGAUUUAUCGACUGGAAGCACCAGAGAUGUUGUUGAGGCCGUGGACAAAGCUGUGGAUCACAGCAAAAUUGUUGCCCAGCACUACAACACCAUCGAGGAGAAGGGAUUAUCCCACAGGGAACAGAGUCGAAUUUUUUUCAUGCGGAACUUCAAUAAUUGGAUGAAGAGCAUGUUGAUAAAUGAAUUUUUAGAAAAAUUGAGACAGAGUCCUUCCCAGGGUGGAGGGCUGAAGGUCCUUGACAUGUGUUGUGGGAAAGGUGGGGACCUUUUAAAAUGGAAAAAAGCAAACAUCACCCACUUGAUUUGCGCCGACAUUGCUGCCAUAUCAAUUGAACAGUGCGAGGCACGCUACAGGGAUAUGGAAUAUCGUAGUAAAAACGAACGGGGACAUGUCUUCUCGGCUGAAUUUUUCGUUGCUGAUGUCUCGAAGGUGAGAUUGAGGGAGAAGUACAGGGAUCCAAGUGCACUUCUUGAUCUCGUUAGUUGUCAAUUCGCAUUGCAUUAUAGCUUCGAGACACUACCGCAGGCUGAAUGCAUCAUCCAAAAUGCUGCGGAGACACUCAAAGCUGGUGGUUAUUUUAUCGCGACUAUUCCAGAUGCCUAUUCUCUAGUAUCGCGGUGGAAGAAAAUUGAUGGCAAUAAAUUUGGAAACGAUAUUUAUAACAUUGAAUUUUUAAUCGAUAAGGAAAAGAUUCCAUUGUUUGGGGCUAAAUACAAUUUUCAUCUCGAGGGAGUCGUCGAUUGUCCAGAGUUCCUCGUGUUUUUACCACUUUUGAAAAAAUUAGCACUGAAACAUGGCCUGGAGAUGGUUUUGUUCGAGAGGUUCGAUGAAUUUUACAAUCGAAUGAAGAACGAGGGACGAUCACUCUUAGGUAAUAUGCAAGCACUAGAGACUUAUCCACCUUACCAUGAAGCUCCACUCCUUGGACAGGCGGCAGGAGAUUAUCAACAUGCGGUUCAGUACAUGCAAAAUUCCACUGGCCACAGGAAAAUAGGAACAUUGUCAAGUGCAGAAUGGGAAGCGACUUCUUUAUACGCAGUCGUAGCCUUCCAGAAAAUGCGGACCACGUGGAAUUCGGAAGGAAAGCCGGACUAUUCCAAACUGUAACUUUAUUUUUUUUUUACAAAAACCUCAGAAUAAACGGAAUAAACAGCGGAUUACGAAUAUGAGUAGAAAAAAUUGUGUAAGAACUCAUGUUUAAAUUCGUAUUCUUUCCUGUUACGUGAGAAAUGCGGUGUGAACGGAAUUAAUUGUAUCAUAAAUAAAUGAAUUUUCGUAUUUUGUGAGGCAGAUGAAUGUCAUUAAAAUAUUUCCAAUGUACAAAAAUUGAACAUUUUCGUAAGGUAUAAUAAAGUAAAACUCUCGAAGAGGCGAUGGAA